AUGGGAAACAGAGAAACUGGGUGCUUCAGUUGUUUUGAAAAGCAGCAGCGACUUCAGGGCCAAUCAAGUGAUAUGGCUUCUCCUAUAGCAUUUGCACCUAUGGAAAAUGACAUUUCUGACAGUAGACUUACCUCUGACACAAUUGAAAAAGAAGAACCAAAAGAUGACGGUCCGUUUUCAAGAGAUUCCGCAAUUAGGUUAAUUGACGACUGCCAGGAAAAGUUUUUGAGCAUUAUUAAGACUAACUUUGAAGAAGAAAAAUAUAUCCUAGAACACAACCAGGAAGGCUUAGAAAUCUUUUCAUGUGACACAAAUGAAGGUUUUAUGAUCAUCUCUCGAUGGAAAGCACCUUUUACCCCUGAGCGAAUUGUCAAUUUUUUAAGAUGCAUUGACAAUAGGAAGCAAUGGGACAAAAACAUAGCCGAUAUAAAGCAAAUAUGUGCAAUCACUCCUGACAUCUCCGUAUAUUAUCAAUUAUACAAAAAGGUUUUAGCUGCAGCACCUAGGGACUUACUUUUGAUUAGCAAAAUCACACAAGUAGAAAACACAAUGAUAGAGAUUUCGACUUCAAUAGAUUCUCCAGUUUUUCCUGAGAAGAAAGAUAUCGUUAGGGCUCAACUAUUUCUAGGAGGAUACUAUAUAAAGCCUAUAGAGAAAGAUACUGAUGGAAAUAUAUGCGAAGUCACCAAUGUCAGCCAAGCAUCAUUUGGAGGGAGUAUUCCAAAAGGCAUGCUUAAGAAAAUGAGCAUCAAGCUGGUCCCUACAUAUAUUAAGUCUCUUGUUGAAGGAAUUAAGAGCCAAGAUUCAAAAGAAAACAACAAUGAUGCUAAAAAUUAA